AAAAACUAAGUAUAAAUGUCAAGUCAUGAUUAGAAAUACAAAUGUUUACCAUAAAAAGAUUCUAGAAAGUAGAUCUCUUGUCUCUUGUCAGAUAAGUGUACUAUAUUAAUCGCCCUUAGUUCGUCUAAAGUCACUGUAGAAUCUCCUGCCGGUUCCGAUUGGUAUACACAUUCACAAUUUCACAGUUACUUGUUAAUUGUUAUAUCCUUCUGCCGAUGACAAGUGUCUAAAUACUGAAAUGACACAAGGAUUGAUCAUUCACACGGGUAACAUUUUACAGCUUCCAGAUCUGAAAAGAAAACCCGGCCACACACCUGCUGACGAGCUUAAUGAUACUUUGAAAAUUCAACUGUCUAAACCAUUGGCUGAGGGAAGUCAUGAGAUAUUUGCUCCAUCCGAGUUGUCAUCCCUACUAAAUCCAGAGGAACGUAAUUCACAGAAAAUUACGGUCAAACUAUUUCUUUCCACACCUCAACCAGAAUAUGUGAAAACUGCCUUAGAUGCAGCUCUUCAAGAACUUGGAGCAACUUAUGCGGACCUAUUUUUAAUCUCUUGGCCUUCUGGGAUCAACUUGAAGGAUAGUGAAACUUUGUGGAAUGCCAUGGAGAAUGUCUUUGAUCAAGAAAAAGCACAUUCAUUAGGAGUAAGUGAUGUUGACACCCAAGGAUUUGUGGAGCUGCAUAAUUCUGCAAGAAUCAAACCUGAGGCUAUUCAGAUAAACUUGGAAAGUUGUUGUGUUGUGCCACCUGAAUUGGUGACCUUUACUAGGGAGAACAACAUUCAACUGCUAACUCACAAUGACCCUCAAAAUAUUCUACCAACUGAGACUUUGAAGAACAUUGUACCAUCCCUUGAAGAAGUAUUGUGGACUGUAAGAUAUCAAACACUUUUGCGCUGCAGAGGGAUCAUAAAAAACAAGGGAUAUGUUAUUAGUACCCAUAUUGAUUGAAUUCAUUAGGUAGCUGGCAUUUAUCAGCUUGUGUUUACCCCUCCUUUUUUGUUGUUAAAGACCUUAUGAGGUGCCAUUUUGCAUUUGAUUCUGUUUCAGUAGUUUUAAGUAUUUAGUCUAAUUGCAUUUAUUUGUACACUAAAUAAUGAAGAAAAUUUACUUGAUUAUGGGGUUAA